GAGGUCUCCACGGCAUGUUACAGUUUAACUUGCCUCAUUUUGUUUUCCGUGUCUCAUACUAAAUCUAGGAGGAAUACAGGAUUCUAAAGCUAACUUAGCAGAGAAUUAACCCAAACUUGAAUGCUGUAUGUAUGGAGCAAUUCUAAUUAGAGGAAGAGACAAGAAGCAAAAUCCAGAUGUUUUCUACAGCAGUCUUCAUUUCAGCUGCUUUGAUUUCCACUGCCGUGGCAGGACCUUGGGCUAACAUAUGUGCCAGCAAAUCUGCCAAUGAGAUCCGGACUUGUGACAGCUAUGGUUGCGGACAGUAUUCUGCUCAAAGAAGUCCCAGGCAUCACCCAGGUGUGGAUGUCCUCUGCUCAGAUGGAUCUGUUGUGUAUGCACCAUUCACUGGGACGAUAGUGGGCCAGGAGAAGCCCUACAGAAGCAAAAAUGCCAUCAAUAACGGCCUGCGACUGUCUGGAAGAGGUUUCUGUGUCAAAAUUUUCUACAUUAAGCCAAUUAAGUAUAAAGGUUCUAUCAAAAAGGGAGAGAAACUGGGCACCCUGCUGCCCUUGCAGAAAGUUUACCCUGGCAUACAGUCACAUGUACACAUUGAGAACUGUGACUCCAGUGAUCCCACUGCAUACCUGUAGGUGAAGAUAAAAAGCAGCCACAUCCUGUUCAGAAUGGAAGGCGGAAACAUCCGCUCCCGAAGAACUGUGUAUUCCAACAGAAACACAAUCGAUGCAGAACCCACCAUUCUGACGCCCACUCAUCGUCGCUCGGAUCUUUCUGCCAUCUAGAGGACCAAGGUGUUGUGUAUUAUAGAUGUUUAAGUCCUGAUGACUGAAAUAAACAAAUGAAUUCCAACA